UUCUAUAGGUGCUGAUGCAAAAACAGUUUAGCAAUGGAUCAAAGAAAAAAUGAUAGCUUUGUCCCAAGUAUCACACAGUUGGAAGACUUCCUAACAGAACAUGACUCCAACGUUGUUUGGCUGUUAGUAGCAACAAUAUUGUCUUGUGGAUGGAUUAUCUACCUAACUUAUUAUAAUUCCCGGAACAUUGGACUGAUUUUAACGCUGGUUCUUAACAGAUUGUAUAAACAUGGCUACAUCCAUAUUGGUUCCUUUUCAUUCUCUGUGCUGUCUGGAAAAGUCAUGGUUCGCGAAAUCUAUUUCAUCACAGAAGACAUGUCUAUCAGAAUUCAGGACGGAUUUAUCAUAUUUCGCUGGUGGAAGAUGUACAACCCUAAGCAGAAACAGCACGAUCCAAAGGCAGAAACACGACUGUAUAUUAUGGUGAAUGACUUUGAAUUUCAUGUGUACAACCGUUCUGAGCUUUAUGGACAACUUCAAGAACUAUUUGGCUUGGAUCCCACAAUAAUUCCAGCAAAGAAAGACGACGAAAAAGCACAAGUAAACGGGAGGCAGAGAACGCACACCAAUCUUGAAAGUGUUAAAGUGAAAACGGAAUCUCAAGACCCUUCUUCUUCAUGGAGAUCACUUAUUCCAGUCAUUAAGGUCAAUGUGAGCACGGGUCGCUUGGCAUUUGGGAAUCAUUAUCAACCACAAACACUUUGUAUUAACUUUGACGAUGCUUUUUUGACAUAUACCACAAAACCACCCUCGAGCCACCUUGAUCAGUUUAUGCACAUUGUGAAGGGAAAAUUGGAAAACGUUAGAGUCAUGCUGGUUCCAAGUCCACGCUAUGUUGGUCUUCAAAACGAUGAACCACCGAGGCUGAUGGGUGAAGGCUUUGUUGUAAUGCAGUCCAACGAUGUUGAUAUCUAUUAUUAUAUGGAUGAACCAGGUCUUGUACCAGAGGAGACGGAGGAAAGCAAUGAUGAAGAAGCAAGCAAUGAAGACAGCAAACUGCAGGAUCUGCCACCAUGUUGGGGUUUGGACAUUGUUUGUGGAAAAGGAACAGACUUUAACUACGGGCCUUGGGCUGAUAGGCAGAGGGAUUGCUUGUGGAAGUUUUUCUUCCCACCAGACUACCAAGUUAUGAAAGUCUCAGAAAUUGCUCAGCCUGGAAAACCAAGACAGAUUCUUGCUUUUGAACUGCGGAUGAAUAUUAUUGCAGAUGCCACCAUUGAUUUGCUUUUUACCAAAAACAGGGAAACUAAUGCUGUCCAUGUAAAUGUUGGUGCAGGAUCAUAUUUGGAAAUAAAUAUUCCCAUGACAGUAGGAGAAAAUGGCUAUUCACCUACAAUUAAGGGGCAGCUUCUACAUGUUGAUGCCACCAGCAGUAUGCAGUACAGGACUCUCUUAGAAGCUGAAAUGCUAGCU